AUGGCCCAUCCGGCGCUAGCCGCCGGUGGCAACAACCGGGCCAAGACCAAGAGCAAAACACCCAUGCUUGACUCGCUAAUAGAGCAUCGGAGUCCCAUCUUCUGCUUGGUUCAAAUGUGUGAGAUGCUCGAUGGCGGUAAAAAGUAUUGUACACGAUGGUAUAAGGUUUAUCCUGGCGGAUCACACACUUUCCAAGAAGGCGGGAGGGACACUAUUACCGUUACUUUUGACAACAAGUGCAAGAAGUCGCUCUCUGGGAGUACAAAAAAACGGAGCAUUGGAUUUCCAACUCAAUUGGUAUACAGGUCCGACGAUCCUAUUCUGGCGGGGAUUUCUAAGAUCUUUGAGCCCGGGCGAGCACCAAACUAUCAUUAA